AAGUGUUCGGAUGUGCGUACGCGUCGGCCGUCUGUACCGCCUGUGGAGGAUCAGGCGCAGCAAGAAGUUCAAAGUGAUUCGGAGGCUGUUUAGAUCAUGAGGUGGUUCGCUUGCGCUGUUUUGCUGCUGCAGCUGACCUGGCAGUGCAGCAGCCGAGCUUUCCCCGAAGAAAACAUCAGCGUGUACACCUCCAACACCACCACAGGUCAAGGGGACGUGUAUCAUCAGAUAGCCACUAAUAUCGCUGAGAGGAUCACUUCUCCCAUUUAUAGGUUCCUGGGCAUUGGUACAAACAAAACUGCACCAACGACCAAGAAGCCAUGGGUCCACAUUGAAUCCCUCGACGAACCAGAAGACGUUGCUAAAACAGACCUCAAACCACUCGACAAUGGACUUGAAGACCGCGACGUUGAAGAACUAUCAGUAGAAGCUCUGAAGAAAAAUGAUAAGAAACCUGAAAAAAUAACACUUUAUUCCAAUUAUCUACCUUCCAAAUUAGAAGCACUUGAUAACAAAGAAAAUGAUACAAUAAAUGAAGUUGAUGAUCCUUUCGAAUUCGAUGAUGAUGACGAUGAUUUCGCUACAAAGCCUAGAGAAGGCGGAUUUGUGUAUUACUUAGAGCUUUUAGGGAGCUUCUUCCAGCUAGCUUUAGGCGCUGUUUUGGCGAUAUUUAAAUCGUCAUCGGGUUCAAAUUAGGUAUUUAAAAUAUUUUUAGAACUUCUAGUCGUGAGUAAGUCAGUAUUUUUGAUUAGAGAUUUUACCAGUGUAAUAAUCAAUUAAGUGUCAUAUUUUACAAAUUAAUUUAGCAAAAGUACGAAAAAAAUAUUAUCAGUGUGUUUGCAAGUUACCAAACUUUUUCUUUGUUAAUUAACACAGUUUAAUCAGAAUUUUCUUUAUUACUUUACAAAUGUUAGGAUUACAAGUACAAUUUUUCUUCAUCAUUUCUUUGUUUACGGUUUUUGUAUUGUUUAAAUUGAUUUUAAUUUUAUUUGUAUUAUCUAUCGCGUCAAUUGUUAUGAUGGGGCUCGGAAUGUUUUCAUAUUUUAAUCCCUUUGGUAUCAAAUUUGUUGAUUUAUUUAUUUCAAAUUCUUAAAAAAUAAUUUUACA